GUUGUCCAAUAUACCAACACAAUCUGUGUUUUACUUUCUCAAAUGGAUAUGAAAGACUAAUCAAAACUAAUCCUUUUUUACCCAAGAUACCAACAAAGUGCGUAUUUCUCUUUCUCCACUGCCAAGCCGCCGUCAGCUACCAGGGAUCCAACGAUGAGUGGCGGAAUCUCCGGAGUUUACCGAAUCUGUGCCGACUUCUGCGUGGUGCUCACCUGCACGUUGUUCCUGGACGUAUUCCCAUGCUCUGGCAGCGGGUACAUCAACUACACCGUAUACAGCCACUCGCCGGAAAUGGACGACUUCAACCACACACGUAUGUGGAUGGAAGGCACGUCCAACGUGGUUCCGCAAGCCACAGAGCCUCCUCCAGCACAGGAGAUGGACGUUGUGGAGACGUUCCUCGAACACGUCGAACAGUACGACAAGGGCAAGGAGAACUGCACAAAGGGGACGCACUACAACCUCGGCAAGGGCGUCAUCCGCCAGUACGGAUUAAAACGCUUCAAGAAGCAGGCUAUGGCGGCAGUGAACGCUGCCAACUUCUACACGAGGAUCUGGAUGCGCGCGGGCGAUGAAGUCACGCGCUCGGAAUACCUUUUCUACACGAUGGUCAGGUCCAUAGUGGAAGGGGAUCCCGACAUCUUCGCGGCAGGAAACUGCUACGACCUAUUCGAGUACUAUGGAUACUACCUGUUCUGCCCGUACGCCUAUCUGAUGGAGGACAAGCACAUUAACGUGAAGGAUCUGUCGCUCGAGUACGACUACCUGGGGAACGACUCGGAGUGGUUCAUGUCGGCCAGAAUGAUGUCCAGUCAGCUGGAGAACUUCAACUACACGCAAGGCACGGAGCAAAUACGAUUGAACUCGUCACACCUCGGCCCCUUCGAGAACGACAGUGUCAUCACCGUCACGUACGAGGACGGCCACUGGAGUCUGCCCUACUUCGACUGCGGCGGCGGCGACAUCUGGAUGAUGACGUAUACCGUGCCAUUUUUUGGUUACAAAGAUGGGAAUUUCAAAUUUAAGGGUACGAGCGGUAUUGACAUAGAUCUGCAGAAAGUCGACAUCAACCAGUGUCCGCAGGAUCCGGAGGAGGCGAAAAUCUCACAGAACGUGUUCGCCGGGUCACACAGGUGCAAGAAUGCCACAACCAAGUGUAUUGAGAUCGGGGGCCUGGGUUUCAAGCGAGGCUCCUACAAGUGCGUCUGUAAGGACGGGUUCUACUUCCCAGAUCUUGAUGCUCAACAUAGAUACUACAAGGGAACAGAUGUCGAGGCAGAAUUCGCGCUUAAGCGAAAGCAUCACCCCAACAAGUACGACAGCGGCUUCGAGUGUCUGCGAUGUGCCCCUGGCUGCGAGACGUGCGACGACUUCAGCCCCUGCAUCAUCGCCCUCAACUGGCUGCAGCGCUCCAUCGAGCUGGGCGUGUCGUGCCUCAUCAUGUGUUUUAUACCCAUCAUCGUCUGGUUCACAGUCCAGUACCGUGACGUUAAGGUGCUUAAAGCUGCAAGUCCAGUUCUUCUCAGAAUCAUUUUACUAGGAGCCUUUUUACUUUAUUGUCCCCUUAUUGUUGGUUAUUUCGAGGCCAGCGUUAUAACAUGUUGUAUGAAAUUCUGGUUUAGACAAAUUGGUUUUUCAAUAUCCUAUGGGGCCUUACUACUAAAAACAUGGAGGAUAUCGGUAGUUUUCCGAGUGCGGUCGGCGCAGAGAGUGAAGAUAUCUGACGGCGACUUGAUAAAACGGCUGUCAGCUAUAGUGUUUGUGUUCGCUGCCUACCUUAUAUCACGCACCAUCGUUGCACCUCCAAGAAUAGUUCAAGGUAAAGAUGUGAGCGGUCUAAAGGCCUUCCAGUGCUCGUCAGACUGGUGGGACCAUUCCGCUGUUAUUGUUGAACUUUUAUUUCUUCUGUGGGGAGUUCGCCUUUGUAUUGUAGUGAGGAAAGCCCCGUCAGAAUUCAACGAGAGCAGGUUUAUUAGCUGGGCGAUAUACAAUGAGUUUCUACUCUCCCUCUUCCUCAAUGUGUCAAUGAUAUUUUUAAAAAGUCCUUUUCCAACAAAUCCCGAUCUGUUGUACCUGGUGUUAUUUAUUCACACACAGUUGACAACAACUGUGACGCUGGCCUUUCUGUUCGGAAGUAAGUUUUACGUAGUUUUUAAAUACCGCGGCAAGGACCACCCCCCGACUCAGCAGCAGCAGCAGCAGCAGUCAACGAUGCUGAGCCGCGGCUCCAAGUACACGAUGGGUGCCAACAUGUCCACGCUGAGCAACGUCGACAACUGCUACGGCGACCACGCCGACGACGCCGAGUGUGAGAGCUUUUUAGAAAAAGAUAUACAAGAAGAGUUCCGCCGUCUAUACACCCAGCUGGAGGUGUUGAAGCAGCGUAACAUGAAGCUGGGGAACCGUCACCUGCAGCACAAGCUGUCAGACAUGAUCGAGGCUGCGCAGAAGGGCGACUUGCCAGACUCCUCCCCUUCCACACCCAACCUGAACGGCAAACGAAUCGUCAUCAACCUGGACGACUACCAUGAAUCAACGAAUGUAUAGCCCCGCCCUCGAACAAAACUGUGCCAAAAAAAUAAUAAAAACACAAGUAAGAUUCUUACUAAGGAGCAGACGAAGAGACGUAUAUGAAAGAUGUUGAUGUUUUGUGGGGUUUUGUUUUGUUUUUUCAUUUGUGGUUGUUGUUUUGUUUCUUGAGAGAUUUUUCAACAUGGUUUCAGAAUCGAACUUGUGGAUGGUUAGGGGUUGUCUUUUUUUUUUUGCAAUGCGUUUAAUAAGUAAAUUAUUGUUGGUGUGAGGUGUUUGCGUGUAAGAGUGUUUAGGGUAGAUAUGAAAUUAUGGGAUGAUGAAUUGCAUUGCUUAGGUCAAACUGAGGAGUAGAUGUGUGUCUUAGUGGUGAUGGUGGUGGUGAUAGUCAGAUAUUACCCAUAUGUCGGACAGACAACCUUGCCAAUUCCGAGCAUUGUUCCACGAGAGAGGUGUUGUGGGAACAAUUAAUAGUUAAACAAUUGUCACAAGGUCGUUACGCAGUAAUAAUUAUUGUUCUCUGGACAAACUGCCUCAUAUGUCUAACAACGUGCCCACGGCAUUGUGUGCAUGAUAUACGGGACACAGAACUGAACUCGGAACCCAGGGAUAGCCUAUAUUCUGGACACACAGGCCUGGUUCAUAAAUCAUGAUCACGAAACGUGUGUUUGAACAAAAGACAUAACGAUACUUUUAUAACUUGUUUUGAACCGACUGCCUGCAUGGUUCAGACUGUGUUCUUAUGAAAGUCGUGCCUGAAAGAAUAUAAACCAAAUCAUUAUUUGACGGGGUUUUUACUUACGCUGGAUAGACUUUUUGGUGAAAUUUGGACCACAGGUGCUAUAAGUAUGUGAAACUUGUGUUCUAUCCAUCUCUUUAUAACGAGUAGAUUUGAUUCUACUACAAUUUUGUUAAAGCCUGGUUUCCAUAAAAUAUGUCGCAGGUCGCUAACAGACACAAAUUAAAGACGUGUUCUUUAUCGGAACAUUGGCAGACAGUGUGUCGAAUCUGCAACAGAUCUGCUACACAUUUGUAUGGACACUAGGUUUAAUUUUCACAAGAUUAUGAGUGUACUGUAAAGUGGUAGUUGUGCUUUAUACAAAGACAAACGUUAACGCCUUGAAACAAUGAUUUAAGAUCCUUGGAUAGAAGUAUAGACUUUUAUUUUAUUUUUGUGUGACGCUCUGAAACCCUGCCUCUAUUGAAGGUGGGCUUCUGGGGGAUUUGUUUUGCUUUUUUUAGCAUAGUGUAAGGUUUUGCUUAAGGUGGGGGUGCGAUGUUCUAAGACCCGGUCUCUAAUCGAGGCAGGCUUCUAUUCAAGGACUUACGGUGUUCACCAUUUCUGGUUGGCAUAAAUUGCAUUUGGGGCCAAGACAAUCAUCUGGACGACCAGAAACACUUUGGAAUUGCUGAACUUGGCAAUUAAUAAAUGAAAUUCUAAUUCCUAAUGCAAUCCUGAAAAAAGUCGUAAUAGCCGAGAGAGAGAGAGAGAGAGAGAGAGAGAGAGAGAGAGAGAGAGAGAGAGAGAGAGAGAGAGAGAGAGAGAGAGAGAGAGAGAGGGAGGGAGGGAGGGAGGGAGGGAGG